UUUUAUUCUAAAUUCAUUGAUAUUAUAAAUUAGUUUAUUUUAAAAAUAAUUAAUAUUUUAUUUAAAUUUUAUUAAUUUCAAAUAAAUGCAUAAUAUCGAUUCAAAUCCAGUAAAUUAUCAUAAUUCAUCAUCGAUGAGAGUCUUACCCAAUUGCGAAAGGCUUAAUAUAUCAUCUCAAGUAUUUAUGCAAUCGCAUCAAAAUGCGCAGGACGCAUAUAAAGCAUAUACCAAGUCUACCGCUAAUUUUUAUAAUGCGCCACAGUUGGAAAACAUUGAUUAUCUAAAAAAUAACGAUUUAAAAUUUUUACCCUUUCCACCGCGUAAUGCCAACAACGAAGAAUUGCUGAAUAAUCGUAAUUCCUUGUUAAAGCAACACAGGAAGAUCAACAAGUGCCUGAGCGAUCCAAACGAUAGUUACAAUGCCGAGCUUAUUAAUAAAACUAAUCAACAGAAUCAAAUUAAUCAGAUGUAUCAACUUAAUAACACUUCCAUGAUGAACGGUCCCAACGGUACGAGUCGUUACAAGACUGAAUUGUGUCGUCCAUUUGAGGAGAGUGGUGAGUGCAAAUACGGUGAUAAAUGUCAGUUCGCGCAUGGUGUGAAUGAAAUGCGAAACUUGAGCAGACAUCCCAAAUAUAAAACAGAGCUUUGUCGCACUUUUCAUAGCAUAGGAUUUUGCCCGUAUGGACCUCGCUGUCAUUUUAUACACAACGGAGAAGAAAUGGUGAGUAAAAUUGUUCCACCAUUUUUAUCCUCGCUUCAAUCAAACCUUCCAAAAAGAUUUCGGCAUUCUAUUAUUCCUGCCUCGAAUUAUUACGAUUUGAGCCAUUUAGGUGAAGAUAACAAUACCAAUAAAACUAACAACGUGAAUGACAAUAAGCGUAAUUUUUCGCUGCCACUCGCUAUUCAACCCCACGAUCUAGAGAUACUUAAAAAUACGCUCAUGAAUGCUAUAUCGCUACCUUCCCCUCGCUCAGACGAUUUGAUCAUAGAUGAAAAUUUAGCAAAUAUCAACUUAAUGAAUAGACGAUCCUUGCCUACCAUGUCUAAUAUCGGCAAUUUGAAUAAUUAUAAUCAAUUACCUAGUCAAAAUAUUAAUAAACAGCCUAACUGCGAAACUAUUAUAGAAUAUUUAUCAAAAGAUAUCAAUCGCCUCGGUAAAACUCGCGCCGAUGUGAAUAAUAAAGCUAACGUAAUGAAACAAUCCAGACUUGGGAUCAGCGAUAACUACAAAUCUAUGCGCUAUCAAGCUGAAGAUAAUUUUGGAUCCGCUAGCGAUUCCGGCAUUGAGGACAAUAAUUUAUAUGCAAAUUUAUUUAACACCCUCUUGCACAAGACUCUCAUUAACGGAAACAUAUCUAAAUUGACAGAUUUGGUCGAUAAAUUGAACCUUAAAAAAUCAUCUAAUAUCAAGGGAGCUUCGUCCCCCGAUAGCAAUUUUUCCGGAAAUACCAGUGAGACGAGUAAUGACCAUCAAGAAGAAAUUACUUCUACCAACUCUAAUUCUGCUGAUAUCAAAAACCCGAGGCUUCCAAUAUUUAAAAGCUUUUCAACCAAUAGCAAUUAAAACAAUCCCCCAAUAAAAUUUAUUUUAAAUCAUAAAUUUGUGAUCAAUUAAAAAAUAUUGUUAAUCAAAACUAUUUAUUUUUCAUAUUUAUAUUAUAAUACAUACAUAAAUUUAGGAUAAUAAUUUUUUUAAUAAAAUAUUUAAAAAUAUUUAAAAGUUUAUCUAAUAGAACUCUUUUAUUUAUAUAAUAUAGUGCCAUUUUCAGUGCCCCUCUUGUACACAAUUCUCUCAAAAUGAUAAAUAAUUCUUUUUUUAUUUAACAUUUCUUCUAAGAAUGUAUAAUUCCAUCCAAAAAUAUUUUUUUGUUAAUUUAUAUAUUGUAUAAUAUUAGCACACAUCCGUUUUAUAUAAUAUGCAUAUGUAAGUAAACAUUUUUUUAAAAAAAGAACAAUAAAUUCAGAUUUAAUAUAUUUUUUAGAGAAAUUUUAUCCCCUCACGCCUAUGUUUGUUUUUUUUGAAGUAACUUUUUAGACCCAAAAUAUUCGUACUUAUCAUCUAUUAUACAUGCGCCAUAUAUAAAAAUUGCACAAAAUCCUUAAUUUUUGGUAUUAGAUUUACACAAAAUUGUUUUUAUUUAGUUAUUUUUUAAAAUAGUACCAAAGAUUUUUUUCUAAAAAAGUUAUACUUCAAAAUUUAUGAAUAAAUUACCUCUUAUUUGAUAAUUAAUUUUUUUACUUUAUACUCUAUUUAAUAUAAAACCUGUACAUAAUUUAAAAUAUUUAUGAAUUUUUUUUGAGUUUCAAUUUCGAACCAAUUAUCUUUCCCGCUAUAUCAUAAUUAUAUAAGUAAUAUUAUGUUUAAAAAGAAAAUCAUUUACCUUCAUUAUUUUAAUUAUAAUUAUUUUUAAAAAUAUCCCAUAUUAUAU